AUGGGUGUACACGAUGGUAAAAAAGUGACUGUCACAUAUUUCGACGAGUAUGAAAUUUGGUCGCAAAUGGCUGACGGGUUUUAUGCGCACCUUCCACUUCGUAAUCUUCACUGGAAGUCUCCCAAGGGUCAAAUACGUAAUAUAAACACAUUGGAUAUUGAUGCAAAAAGAUUCACUCCAGAUUCCAUGGAGAAACAGCACAUGAUGCCAGAAACAUUGUUGGAAAAGCCUUAUCUUAACUUGUAUCUCGUGAAUUGCGAAGACAACGAAUUAUAUCGCACUACAGUUCGUCAAAAGAUUCGCGAUUGGAUGAACAUUGUGACUUCAAAGCGAAAUCAAGAGUGGUUAAUCGUUUAUGUGACCAAGCAGGAAACGUUUCGAAACGCCGCAAGAUAUUUUAACAUGAAAGGAACCGUGUUCGAUAAAAUCAAGGCUGAUUACAAUAUCAACAAACGGGAUAGAUGUGUGCAACUUCGCAUCUUAGAAAAUGACGUUGAGGACUAUGAAUCUUGGCAAGAUCUAAUGGCAAAAAUGAAAGAAGGAAUUCUGACUAGUUUUAAUCAACACGUCGUUCAGUACGAGGAGGAUAUACGGCUCUUUGACUCUCAUAGGAGCAUGAUAGGCUGGAAUUACUGUAGGUUUUUUAUAUUAAAGGAAGGACUGGCUUUAACGUUUGAGGUUAUGAAUUUGUACGAAGAAGCAUUGGUCCAAUAUGACGAGUUAGAAGCUUCUUUCUUCCAAGUUCUUAAAGAUAGAGCGUUGGCUUGGUUCGGCAGUUUUGGAGCUACUGACCAUGAAGACGAUAGUGCCAAUAUCUUAGACGUUAAGAAGAAAAGUUACCGUGAUCUGAUUAUGCAAAACGCAAUUCCCGAGUUCGACUUCAGGAGUUAUCUUUUUGCGAGACAAUGUCAAUUACUAGGAAGAUUACAGAGGCCAGUAGAUAUUUGCCGGAGGGCACAAUUAUUUAUUUCUACCUUCGGAAGAGCAAUAAAAGAGCAGCAGGCAAAUGUCGGAGAACAUUUCCUUGAGUCUUGGAUCUACUCAUCAUGUAUGAGUGUGGUCAAUGAAUGUGAAGAAUUGUUCUCAUUGACGUCGUUGGAUGAUCACACGUUAAUGGCAUUCAAUGCAGCCAAGGGAGAGCUCCUGGAUUUGGCCAGGAAGCAGUUAGAUAAGCUUGGAAUUUAUUAUGGACACCUACCAGAUUCGCUUCCCUUUAUAACAGCUUUGGGUGAAGCGACUCCUCCAACUUUACCUGAUUUAGAAAAUGAAAACAAGAAAAAGUUCACUAUAACUAACAAAGAAUUAAAAGAAGCCAUCGAAUCCGCUGAUUAUUCCCAAUUUGAUUUAUUGUACUUGUCAUUGACAAACCGAGCUCUGAAAGCUUACGAAGGGAGCACCCGUGUUCGAAGCUCAUACCGCUUAUCAGGAGAUGUUGCGGCCUUGCAAUUCCAUCGCAAAAAUUUUGAAAGUGCCUCACAGUUGAUGGAGGAUUUGCCUUGGCGAUAUGGCGAGCAGGGAUGGACUGUCGUUGAAAAUAAGGAGGUUACUUUCUACGCUGAAGAGGUAAAGAAACUUUGCGAAUCCCUAGAAAAAGGAGAAGAAAUUCUUCGUCCCUUCAAGCCAAUGUUUUCUGUCUCUGUUGUAUCCGUCGUUGAUGACAUAACAGAUGAAGAUGGACCUUACUUAUCCGUUGAAUUGACAAAUCUUCUGCCCACGUCGUUUACAUUCAAUGAUCUAGUCGUUCGACUAGUAAGUGGUCAGGCUGAAGAAAUUUGGUUUGGAAUAAGAGAUCAGGAACUCAAGCCUGGCUUGAACAAAUAUAAUCUUUAUUCCGAUAACAGUGCGUCUGGAAAUUACGUUGCCGAGAAUGUUCACCUAUCUGUGGGAAAGGUGGUUUUCACUCAGAACUUCUUGGAAAGCAAAAAGAAAUCCUUUAGAAUAAAUGAACAUCCCGCAGUUUUAAGAGCCCAAAUUACAGCACCCGAUGACAUUCGUAUCGGUGAACAGCAAUAUUUUGUCGUCCAAAUGUUCACGGGAUUAACCAGCGUUACCAAGGGUACAAUUAUGCUUGAGCCUUUGUCCGAAGGUUUGACUUUUCCAGAGACUGACAAGUAUCAUGCCACUGUAAAGCUUGUGAAUGAAGGUGUAAUAUCAAAAGAGAUUCAUUCAGAGGAAGAUCUGGAAGUUUCAUUAAAUCAAAUACGAAUACCACCAGCUCAACCAAGUCAAUUAAUUCAAUUUAAUGUUCCAUAUGAUUGUAGUUGGGGUGCCAUCGAACAUAAGGAACAAAUAAAAGUAACAGUGAUGUAUGAGAGCAAAGAAAAAUCGCGUGUAUUUACAGCUGUGGACACAGUCAAAAUUUGGUUGCCAUUGACUGUUACAGAAUUAAAUAUUUUCCGAGACGAUUGCCUGUUUCUAAAGAUGGAUGUUGCGUUGAAUGGAAGCCUUCCUGUGCGAAUUCUCGGGACGUCAUUGGUUCCAUCGAAAGUCUAUGAGGUUGUCGACGUACCUUCCUUAGCGUCUCCGACUGUGAUAACCUCAGUGAAAAGUCGAAAUCUUCGAGUACUAAGAUCCACUUUGUUGUUACUUACCGAACACUCCAAGACGAUAGAAAAAUUUGUUGCACACACUCUAAAUAAUAUUUUGAAAUCAAAGAAUCUGUUGCAACAUUCUCGAUUUCUUCUUGAAAAUGCCAAAGAAUAUCUAUUGAGAUCGGUUGACUAUGUGUCUUACGGCAUGACAGAUGCCUUAGAUUUGGGUGAAUUGGACGUAACUCAAUGUGAGAUUUUAUUUGCAAGUCACGGAGCUUUCAAGGAGUCAUUAAUUGAAGUUGUCAAGGAAUUUUGGCAGGUUUGCAACCAAGCCACUUAUGAAGACAUUGCGAUUUUUUCUAAUGACCUCAAAUUUACAAUUUCCUUCCCUGUUGACGUACCUUCUUCAAAGAUCCUUAACACUGUCGAAUUAGUCAUAUCUAAACCAAAUGAUUUGAUAGUCGGGGAACCGUGUCACUGUCGUUUGAUAAUUCGGCAUUCAUCUUAUUGGAAUUACAUGCCUCCAACUGAUAAAGACACUUUUGAAUUCUAUUAUGAUGUUCACGUGGAUUUUGAUAAUUGGCUGCUAGCUGGACACAAAAAGUUAUGCUUUUCUUCAAAGGUCGGUGAAACAAAGGAAUUCCCCAUCACAUUGGUGCCUUUGAAAACUGGUAGUCUCCUGGUUCCUCUUGUCAGAGUAGCUA